AUGGUGGAGGCUACGCCGUUAUCGUACCAAGAUCCAAGGGCUGAUAAGUCCUCCUUGACUGGAAAUUCGAACUUGGUAUCAUCAUCAGUUAGAAGUUCUAACAUCAAUAUUCCGAACGGCUCGAGGAGGAGGCCGAGUGCUAUCAUACGACAAUCCCUAGCCAGCAGGCGUGGUUCUAUUUUGAGAGCAUCGGUUACAUCCGGUGAUCAGAAUAUACUGGACAGUGUAAGUGGUAGAAGCUUUCAAGCGUCUACUAUGGUAAAUAUGAGGUCCCCUAAUUUUAGGACACAAGAUGAGAACGAUGAGAAUGAGAUCAUCAACAGCGUCAGGGAGAAUUACCUUAACCCGAGUUCGAGCAUUGCGCUAGAAACGUCUGAUAGGGGUAACGAUUUGCAACGCCCAGUUCCAGAUGUUAAUAGUUUGACGCCCAGCUCAAGCGCAGAUCCUCACUUGAGCAAAGCUGGUGGUGAUAUUACACGGGAUAUUUAUAGACUUACUGCGAACUCGACUAAAAGUGGUGACACAAAAGUCCCACAAACGAUGGAAGACGUUGAGUUCACUGCGGAGAGAAAGAGACGACAGUCUGCCGCCAGUGGGAUCAAUGUCCCCGGUGGUUUUAGAAGGGAAUAUAUUGUCAAUAAAUUGAGGAACGACCAGAGUCAGCGGAGCUAUGGCAGCGGAUUGACGAAACAGAGGUCGCAUCCAUCGAGGGAGUUGACGCCCGUGUCUCUUGAAUCGAAUACGCACUCCGAUGCAAUGGACAAUGUACCUUUCCUGACGCGGAACUUCUUGGAGUUCUUGUAUAUCUACGGUAAUUUUGCCGGUGAGUCCUUCGACGACGAUUUUUACUCUGAUGACCAGGAUGGUCCCUUGAGGGCGUCGAUCAAUGAGGAUAACCCAUUGCUACCUGUUGCAAGUGUGAAAGCACUUGUUUCUGAGGUCAGGGGCACAGCGUCAACGGGGAAAGUGUUUCUUUUGUUGCUGAAGUCGUUCAUUGGGACCGGUGUUCUGUUCCUUCCAAGCGGUUUUGCCAACGGUGGGUUACUGUUCUCGAUAGCGAUGCUCGUAUUCUUUGGCGUGUAUUCGUACUGGUGCUACUACAUUUUGAUCGAGUCGAAAAUUGCCACUAAAGUGAAGUCCUUUGGUGACAUUGGGUUGAAGUUGUACGGACCUUGGUUGAAAUUCGUAAUAUUGUUCGCCAUUGUAUCGACACAGGUAGGGUUUUCUGGAGCGUACAUGAUCUUCACAGCGAAGAAUCUGUCCGCGUUUGUCGAGAACGUGUUCCACGUCUCGGACAUAAACUUGCCCAUGAUUAUGCUUUUCCAGUUGGUUGUGUACGUCCCGCUUUCGUUUGUUAGGAACAUAUCGAAACUGUCGCUCCCGUCGUUGGUCGCAAAUUUCUUUAUCAUGGCAGGGCUUGUCAUCGUCUUAUUCUUCACGGCAAAGCAGCUGUUCAUUGAUUCAGGGAUGAAAGUUGCAGAGGGGAUCAUCUUUGGGGUGAACCACGAGCGGUGGUCUCUCUUCAUUGGGACAGCCAUUUUUGCGUUCGAGGGGAUCGGCCUGAUCAUCCCCGUGCAAGAUACGAUGAGGCACCCUGAGAAGUUCCCGCUAGUGUUAAAACUUGUGAUCCUCACGGCGACCUGUCUGUUUAUCUCCGUAGCAACAAUCGGGUACCUAGCGUACGGUUCCUCCGUGCAGACCGUUAUCCUUUUGAAUCUUCCCCAGGGGAACGUCUUCGUUCUGCUCAUCCAAUUGUUCUAUUCGAUGGCAAUCAUGCUCUCGACACCACUGCAGCUGUACCCAGCGAUCAAGAUCAUAGAAAACAAAGUGUUCCCGCAGUUCAUCAAGAUCUACGAGCGGGACUCGCAGGCGCAGACGACGCGCGUAAGGUACCGUCCGAACUCGGGCAAGCUGAGUUGGCGUGUGAAAUGGCUGAAGAAUCUCGUGCGGUCUGCGAUCGUGUUCCUCGUGGUCCUGUUUGCGUACUGCGGGAUCGAUUACCUGGACAAAGUCGUCGCUGUGAUCGGCUCGCUGUGCUGUCUGCCCCUGGUGUACGUGAUCCCGCCGAUGUUGCACCUAAAGUGCUGCACGCGGGGGUCAACGAAGCCCCAGGGGUCUAUGAUGCUGCUGGCCACGUUCGACAAACUACUCAUCGUUUUCGGCACCCUCGCUACCGUCUACACCUCGUACCAGAGCAUCGUUGCCUCCUGA